CGCGGUGCUGGAAGCUGCCGCACCUGCGGGAAGCCGAGCCGCCGGCGCUCGACGCGCGCGCUCUCGCGAGACCCGCGGGGUCACGUGACGCCCGGGCGCGGCGCAGCUCACGUGACAGGCGCUGCCGGCCGCGGGGUCUUCUUCGUGCCGGCGUCGCAGUGGCCGGGCCUCUUGCGUCUGGUAACGCCGCCGUCUCUCACGCCAGCCCUUGGCGCCCGCUCCCGCGCCCCGCCGCCGCCCCAGCGCCCGGCAGUCCACGGCCCAACCGCCGCCCUCGCCCCCGCUCCCCGCACUGUACCCGGCCGCUUCGCGCCAUGGCGGCCCCCGGCAGCGCCCGGCGGCCCCUGCUGCUGCUGCUGCUGUUGCUGCUGCUCGGCCUCGUGCAUUGUGCGUCAGCAGCAAUGUUUAUGGUGAAAAAUGGCAACGGGACCGCGUGCAUAAUGGCCAACUUCUCUGCUGCCUUCUCAGUGAACUACGACACCAAGAGUGGCCCUAAGAACAUGACCUUUGACCUGCCAUCAGAUGCCACAGUAGUGCUCAACAGCAGCUCCUGUGGAAAAGAGAACACUUCCAACCCCAGUCUCGUGAUUGCUUUUGGAAGAGGACAUACACUCACUCUCAAUUUCACAAGAAAUGCAACAGGUUACAGCGUCCAGCUCAUGAGUUUUGUUUAUAACUUGUCAGACACACACCUUUUCCCCAAUGCAAGCUCCAAAGAAAUCAAGACUGUGGAAUCUAUAACUGACAUCAGGGCAGAUAUAGAUAAAAAAUACAGAUGUGUUAGUGGCACCCAGGUCCACAUGAACAACGUGACCGUAACGCUCCACGAUGCCACCAUCCAGGCGUACCUUUCCAACAGCAGCUUCAGCAUGGGAGAGACACGCUGUGAACAAGACAGGCCUUCCCCAACCACAGCGCCCCCUGUGCCACCCAGCCCCUCGCCCUCACCCGUGCCCGAGAGCCCCUCUGUGGACAAGUACAAUGUGAGCGGCACCAACGGGACCUGCCUGCUGGCCAGCAUGGGGUUGCAGCUGAACCUCACCUACGAGAGGAAGGACAACACGACGGUGACAAGGCUUCUCAACAUCAACCCCAACAAGACCUCGGCCAGCGGGAGCUGCGGCGCCCACCUGGUGACUCUGGAGCUGCACAGCGAGGGCACCACCGUCCUGCUCUUCCUGUUCGGGAUGAAUGCAAGUUCUAGCCGGUUUUUCCUACAAGGAAUCCAGUUGAAUACAACUCUUCCUGACGCCAGAGACCCUGCCUUUAAAGCUGCCAACGGCUCCCUGAGAGCGCUGCAGGCCACUGUCGGCAAUUCCUACAAGUGCAACGCCGAGGAGCACGUCCGCGUCACGAAGGCGUUUUCAGUCAAUAUCUUCAAAGUGUGGGUCCAGGCUUUCAAGGUGGAAGGUGGCCAGUUUGGCUCUGUGGAGGAGUGUCUGCUGGACGAGAACAACAUGCUGAUCCCCAUCGCUGUGGGUGGUGCCCUGGCGGGGCUGGUCCUCAUCGUCCUCAUAGCCUACCUCGUCGGCAGGAAGAGGAGUCACGCCGGCUACCAGACGAUCUAGCCUGAGUUCUGGUGUUUGGUUUCUUCAUUCUUCACUGCACUCAGAUUUAAGCCUUACAAAGGGAAAGCCUCCGGCCGUCACACGUAAGACGCAUGAAGGUCACUCGUCGUGAGGCUGACGUGCUCACACAUUACAACAGUAGAGAGGGAAAAUCCUAAGACAGGAACUCCAGAGAUGAGUGUCUGGAGUGCUUCAGUUCAGCUUUAAAGGCCAGGACGGGCUUGGCCACUUGCGGCUGGCGGCCUCGUUCCAGCGGCGGCACGUCCUUGGGCGUCUCUAAUGCUCUGCAGCUCAAGGGCUGGCACUUUUUUAAAUAUAAAAAUGGGUGUUUUUAUUUUUUUUUGUAAAGUGAUUUUUGGUCUUCUGUUGACAUUCGGGGUGAUCCUGUUCUGCGCUGUGUACAAUGUGAGAUAGGUGCGUUCUCCUGAUGUUUCGCCGUGGCGUGGGGAUUGUACACAGGACCAGCUCACGUAAUGCAUUGCCUGUAACGAUGUAAUAAAAAGCCUCUUUCUUUUU